AUGCGGUCUAUUUUGCUUGACUGGCUGUCAGAGGUGUGUGAAGUUUACAAACUUCAUCGAGAAACUUUCCACCUUGCUGUUGACUACACAGAUCGAUACCUGUCCAAGGAAAAGAACGUUCCAAAGAGUCGACUGCAGUUAGUUGGCAUCACAUCCCUGUUUAUCGCCGCCAAGAUGGAGGAGAUAUACCCGCCUAAGUUGUCGGACUUCGCUUACGUUACCGAUGGUGAAAUGCUCAUGUUGAAGGUACUGCUCUGUGGCAUUUGA